CUCACGCUUGAUAAAAGGUAGGUGAUGUUUAGACAUUCUCUACAUCAGCAUGCUAACGCUAGGACAGCUGGUGUCCAACGCUAAAGGUCAAAGGUGAAACGUCUCGUCCUUCCUCCUCCAGGAGGAAGUCAUGACGGGAAGUCCGGAGAACAUUCCGCUGGGCGAGUGCAAGCUCUCCCAGUCGCAGGACCAGCUGACGCCGCCCAGUCGCACCGAGAGCACCGUGUUCAGCUUGUCCCGCAGCGACUCGGUGUGGACCGCCGAGAGCCCCCCGGGCAGGUGCCAGGUCUUCUGGUUCCCCAUCCACUUCAUGUCCACGGGCGGCGGCUUCCUGGCGUGCGGCGUCAUCAUCAGCGGCCUCUACUUCGCCGGCCACAGCAAGAAGCUGAGCAACAUCCUGGGCCCCGCCUUGCUCUCCAUCGGCCUCAUGGUCUUUGUGGUGGGUGUGGUCCUCAUCCCCAUCACCAAGGAGAACAGGAGACGCUCCAGCAUGAAGAAGCCCCUCGCCUUCCACCGGCAGCCUGCCUUCAACAUCUAGCCUCGGCCAAGGAAGGACGCCAGGACGCCACAAGACCGCUUGGGAGCGUUUAGGACGGGAAAGUGCACUCUGGCUGACGUGGAUCUACAUUUUAACAGCAGGAGGAACGACAGCAGAAACUCUGAACACUAACUGCUCCCAUGCAAAUAGUCUGUUCCAGGAUCAAACUGUGGCCGCCAAAAAAGCUUUAUGAAUAUAAGUCACAUGUUAACGCACUAAAGUGUCAUACAAGUGUAAAAAGAAUAUGGUGACGUCUUCCUGCUGUGACUCUGACGUCACUUCCUGUCUUUAUGCUUCUUCUUUGCCUUGUUGACGUUGACUGGCGGCUAAAAAAAGGACAAAGAAAAUGUUCAUCCUUUGAUGUUGUGAGCUGAGCUGCUUUUGUGGGACGUUGGAGACGUGUU